AGAAUAAAGAAAUGGAAUGUGUAAAGGCCAGAGUUCAGUACAACAAAGGAAAUUUGAAGAUGAAACGGAGGAAGAAGGUCCAAAACGGAGACAUGACCAGUUGAAAAUAAGAGUCAUAAAUAAACAACUUCCUCACGAUGGAAUCCCUGUUGCAACUAGAAAUGCAGGAUACCACCAGGAACAAGAUCUCUACGAAAUAGGCGAGAUUGCCGAUUUCUCAUCACACGUUUUCUACGAGGACGGAGAUGUCCAGACCCUGCAUGCGAACCCCUUCAACACCUUAUGUUCACAGAAAUAGAGACCCUAGGGGUUUAGGCGAGAGGUCUUUCCAACCAAUAUAGCUCCAGAUGCCAGAGAUGCCCAUUUUAGUGCAAUAGAUGCGACUCAGACAAAUGAUGAAACUAAAGAGAACACACAUUGUGAAUCCAUUAAUCAAAGCUGAGACCUAGACGAAAGUGAAGUUGGUCAAGAUGGGAUAAAAUCCUCUCAAGUCCCUGAGUUCAGUAUUCCCAUAAAGAGCUGAAUGUCGGCUUUAAAAGAAAAACCCCAAGAGACACCAUCCAAAAGUUUCAUAAGAACAGAUAUUGUCCGAAGAACUCAGAUAGAAAAGUUGUUAGGUGGACCAAUUCAAUCUCAAAAUUGCCCUCAAGCUCUUCUAAUAAGAGGGAGAAACCUGUGAUUAAAACGCAGAGAAAAUAAAACAGACCCAUACAGCAGCUCUUACCAUUUUGAGACCUUAGAAUAUUUGAAAAAGUGCUCGAAAUCACAUAAAAAUGCAACUGGAAACUGAGACUUUGCCCGGGUAACCCCCGAUUACACAAUGAAAUCAUAUGAUAUUUCUAGAAGAAUUACACAGAAAAGUAAACAGAACGCAAGGAGAAAUUAUGAAUCAGUUAUUGAUGAUUAUGAUGCCAGCAGCCAACACAACAAACCAAAGCACUUAUCUCUCAACUUAAUGGCUAUUAUUGCUGAGAAUCAAAGGAGUUCAGUUCUUCGUCGGAGCAACAAGAAAUUUCGGAAUUCCAAGAAGAUCUCAAUAUACAAACCUCGGCAUAAAUCAGCACGGAGGACUCCUGUUAGGAAAAGAAUCCAGCCGAGUCAGAUCCCUCGGAAUAUUUCAGAAUCCUUCGAUUACACCGUUCCCAAGAAUUCAGAAGAAAUGAUCCAGAAAUGCAAGCGGCUGGAAUCAUUCAUCGAGAGACUAGACAACAACAAGUUGUUAUAUAAGCAGCAAGAGAUCAUGAAGCAGAAGAUUCAUAACCUACAGGCAGCUCUUAAGUCUCUAGAGAAGGAAAAUCUUGACCUAAAGAACACAUUCAACCAAGUAUGCUUCACAAAAUUGGGCAUUCAUACAUCAGAGAUUGGGCUGACCUUAUAAGCUAAUCAGAGUAUGUAUUUAGAGGGUCCUAGUGGCAGCCAGAGAAGUGACUAACAAAGAUGCUUAUGAGUCACCCGAAGAGAAAUCCCAUUCUUUGCUAACAAGAAAUAGACUUGGAAUAGUGAAAGAGCUUCAUUGUAUCAUUCAGUUGAAUAACUUUUCUUUUGUUGCAAAAAGGUUACUUCUGAAUGCACCUCUGACAUGAAAGUCUCUAUCUGGUUGCUUGAGGUCAUGAAUAACCCUCAUUAAUUCUCCUAAUAAUUUUCA